AUGGCACGUCCAGAGUCUGAAGCGCCCGUUCUGGCGCCGACUCCUGAAGCCACUCGGCAGCUUCGCUCCGAACGACGGCAUCCAGCCUGGACGUCGGGUACGUCGACGGACCACACCGAGUCGACUGAGCUCUCCGUCUUCACGUCCGGCCACGCCUCUCCCCACAGCGACCGCACCUCUGGUGAGCAAGGAGAUGUCGAGCGCGCCCUGGACGACAGGGAUGAGGAGGACGCACCGCUCAUCGCCUCGGUCACUGCUUCGCCUGAGCCCGCCGAGCUCAGCAAAUGGGCCGUGGCCAGCCUGCUCCUCCAGCAUCUGAGCAGCACGUUCAUCGACGGAGCGUACAACUUCGCUUGCUUUCUUUUUCUCAUCGAAGUGUUCACGGACUCACUAGUACCCGCGUCCCUGGUCGGAUUCGGGACCAAGCUCGCCGGGCUGGCGCUCUCUGGCUCGGUUGGUGGGCUGGUGGACCGAUACCCGCGCCUGUGGUUUGUGAGGCGAGCGAUUGCAGCACAGAAGUGCCUUCAAGCACUAAGCUAUGGACUGUUCCUUGUUCUCUUUGGCCCGCUCUACUCUGGAGCGAACGAUGCCUUCCACGGCCGCGCAGACCCUGGCCCGACAACGCUGGUCUGGGCUCUUCUACUAUCAACGGUAGCCUGCAGCGCCGCCAUCGACCUCGCCAACACAGGCAUCACGGUCGCCGUCGAGCGAGACUGGGUUAUGUCCAUCGCCCGCCGGCCCGACCAGCUCACGUACCUGAACACCUGGAUGCGUCGGAUCGACCUGAUAUCGAAGCUUGUUGCACCCCUCUUCGUGUCCCUUCUGACUCUGCGCGGUUACGAGUUGGCUGCCGGUGCCCUACUCGCACUCAGCGCGUUGACGUUGGCGACGGAGCAGGCGUGGAUCGGGCACGUGUACGCCGCCUUCCCGCUUCUGGCUCGGCGUGCGAGCCGCGGCGAAGCUGAGGUCGAGCCAACGGGCUGGGUUCAGUGGGCACAGCGCGAAGCGCGCGACUGGCGCGAGUUCGCCUCGCUGCCAGUGUUUGGCAGCUCGGUCGCCAUCGCCACGAUCUACCUCACGACCCUCAGCUACGACGGCACGUUCAUCGCGUACCUGAAGGCAGCGCGGGGAUGGGACGACGGCUUUGUCGCGCUCAUGCGUGGCGUGUGCGUCCUCACCGGUUUGCUGGGCACAGUCGUCAUGCCACUCCUAGAAUCCCGCAUCGGCCUCGAGAGGACUGGAGCCUGGAGCAUCUGGUUCGAGGCAGCCUGCCUGGCGCCGACACUGCCUGCCUUCUUUCUCCCGCCGCGGUACGGCACCCACGGACCGGGCUGGAACAGCGCUCUUCUCUUCGGCGGUAUCGCGCUCAGCCGUAUUGGACUGUGGAGCUUUGACCUCGCGCAGCUGAAGGUGCUCCAGCUCGAACUCGACAGCCACCCGCGCCGGAAUCGGCUCACGGCGCUCCAGAUCGCGCUCCAGAACGUGUUCGACCUAGCCAAGUAUGUUCUCACGCUUGCUGCGGCUACGCCGAAGCAGUUCAAGUGGACGGCCCUCGUCAGCUACAUCGCCGUCAUUGCUGGGGCGAUCGCGUACAUGUUCUUCCUGCGCGCAGUGCGCGGGCAUCUCUUCCACCUCAACAAAAUCAAGAUCUGGUAA